GUUAUUGUUUACCUGGUGAAUCUUUUUCCAUUUCUUUACUUUUAAUCUCUUUCUAUCCUUAGGUUUUAAAUUAAUAUCUCAUAAACAGCGUAUUAUUGGAUCUCAUAGAUUGCAUUGAUGAUGUAAGACAGCAUAUGAAGAAGUAGGGGGCACUGCUGUUUACUCAGGAACGAAGAUCCCAAGACAAGAUAGAUUCUGCUCUCACCACAGUACAUAUCCAUCCACCAUACAAGGAACACAGCCAUGCUUAGGGGUGGGCCACAGAGAACCUCUCAUUUGCCAGUUCCCCUCCGGCAGGAAAUCGCAGGGCCUUUCGGCAUCUUGCUGAGCCUCCCUGGGCCACCAGGCUUCUCUCCUGCUCCUGCAGGCAGCCACACAUCCAGAGGGUGGAAAAGCGUUGUCUGCCGUUUGUCAAUCCCAGCAAAGCUAUUUCUUUUCUACUCACUACCUCCAGCAAGAAGAAUGGCGUCAAGGAAUACCAGCGGAGGGUUUCUGAGCUUGGAUCCAACCAUCGCAGCCUGGGAGCCAGAAUUCACACCCAUGAAUCACACUGGCGAGGACCAUCCUCAAACUUUCAGCACGAUGACCAUGACCCUGUUCGUGCUGACGGCCAUCAUUGCCCUGGGAGGACUGGCAGGAAACGCGGUUGUGCUCUGGCUCCUGGGCUUUCACUUGCGCAGGAAUGCCUUCACCGUCUACAUCCUCAACCUGGCGGCAGCCGACUUCCUGUGCCUCUGCUGCCAAGUUAUAGAUUCCCUGGAGGCCCUCAUCGCCUGCUGCAGCGCCAGCUCCAUCCCCAGCUUUUUCACCACUGUGAUGACCUUCGCCUACCUGGCGGGCCUGAGCUUGCUCAGCGCCAUUAGCACCGAGCGCUGUGUGUCCGUCCUGUGCCCCGUCUGGUACCGCUGCCACCGCCCCACACACUUAUCAGCCAUCGUGUGCACCGUGCUCUGGGCCGUGGCCCUGCUGCUGAGUAUCCUGGAGGGGAAGUUCUGUGGCUUCCUCUUAACGGAUUUUAGCCAUCUUUGGUGUCAGGUGUUUGAUUUCAUCGCUGCCGGGUGGAUGAUGUUCUUAUUUGGGCUCCUCGCUGGGUCCAGCCUGGCCCUGCUGCUCAGGAUCCUGUGUAAGUCCCAGCACAUACAGCUGACCAGGCUCUAUGUGACCGUUGGGCUCACGGUGCUGGCCUUCCUGCUCUGCGGCCUGCCCUACGGCAUCCUCUGGUUCCUCUUAAUCUGGAUUCAGGAUGAUUUGUUUGCCAUCCCCUGUCACAACUGCCUGGUUGUCUUUGGUUUGUCCUGCAUCAACAGCUCCAUCAAUCCCAUCAUUUACUUCUUCGUGGGCUCCUUCAGGCAAAGGCAGACAAAGAAGCGAGGGCGGCAGACCCUCAAGGUGGUGCUCCAGCGGGCCUUGGAGGACAUAUCAGAAGUGGGUGAAAGCGAAGGCUCCCUUCCUCAGGCAACCCUGGAGUUGAGAAACAGUCUGGUGUCCUGAUUCAGAGUCUCUGCCUUGGUCAGACACACUGUGGCUUUGAGCGACAACUUUCUCUCUAUUACUUCGGGAGGAUCUCUUAGGUUCUCUCAGCCUCUGGACCCACCCUGACUGUAAAACGGUUAAACAAAUCAUCUGGCUGGUGAGGAUUAAGGGAGACGGUGCCUGUCGCCCAAGCACUGCGUGCAGUGUCUUCCGGACUGUCUUACCCAGGGGUCUUCACCCCACCCCAUGGGAGCUUCGCCAGCUCUGGGUUCCAGGACUGUUUCCACUCAUGAAGAAUCCCACCUUCAUCAGAAGUUGAACGCAGUGCACGAAAGGUCAAAUUUCUUUGGUCACUGCACUUGAUAGGGAUUAAACAUGACAUUUUUGACCAGUUUCUUACAAUCUGUUACUUUCUUACAAUCAGUUUUUAUACAAUGAAAAGAAUUUAAUUUCCAUCCAGCCCCAAAGAAUAGUCUUUGAUUUUGCCAGGCCUCAGAAUGACUCCCAAAUUGAAUAAAUGUUUAAUGAAUAAAUGACUUAAUGAAUGAAAAAAAAUGAUGAAUUUUUAAGUCCAGCCUGUGCUGAAUCUCCAUUUACCAGAUUUGAAUCCCAUCUUUAAGUUUGUUGCUUUCACCAUUUUCAACUUUUUCAAGCAUGAAGUUUUACAACCAGAUAAAUCAAUAAUAAAGCAUAUCUGAGGUUU